AUGGAGCUAGCGCAAUCUCUGCACGCAACGAGCUUCAGAGAAGCCAUCGCGAUAACCCCCCUGUCAUCUCAUACAUAUGCUGCAAACUUCCGCACGGAAUGGUGCAUCGGUACUGUUCCCCAUGGCGGUUACGUGACCUCAAUCUUCUACGCUGUAGCCCGCAAGCAUAUGAAGACCACUCAUCCAACAUACCACAAGGGCGCUCCAGAUCCCAUAACAUUGUACCUCACCUUUAUACGUCGGACAAAUAUCGGCUCUGCCCUGUUCACCGUUGUUGAUACGAAGCUGGGCUCCCGUACGUCAACGCUACAUAUAACACUCACUCAGCAGGAUCCAGACGGGAACCGCCGCGAAGAAGUUGCCGGAUACGUCACCGUAUCACAUAUAGCCAGUGAAGAAGGGCCAAGCAUAGAUAAGCCUUUUGCGUUGAAACCUGCUGCGCCCGCUGUGGAUUUCAAGCAGCUUGUCAGCACCGGCCAGAGCAGAGCAUGGAAACGGUUCAAUAUAGCCUUUGCUUCAAUGAGAAAAGCAAGCCGACAUGUUGAAUUCUACACUCCUACUGCACCUGCUAUGGUUUCCAGUGGAUUCGUUGAGCAAUGGGCUCGGUUUGCGCCUUAUGGAAAGGUAGAAAGAUGGACGGAUGAAACGCUUGGGUUUCUAGCCGAUACGUUCCCCACGAUGUUGGAGUCGUUUGACGAUAAGCCUUGGGACAAGAGACCUAAAGAAGUGAAGGAGAAGGAGAAGUAUGCUGUUGGUAAAGAUGGCAAGUUAUCUCCCAAGGGCAAGUUCUGGUAUCCUACUAUCUUGUUGAAUCUGGAUGUCAAGAAGAAAUUGCCUGCUGAAGGGGUAGAGUGGCUUUACUCACGGGUUCAAACGAAAAGGCUACAUAACGGUAGAAUGGAUUUGGAUGUUAUUAUUAUGGACGAGAAAGGUGAGAUUGUCGCUCUGAGUAACCAUGUUGCAUUGGUUAUUGGAGCAGAGAGAAAUCUAAGUGCGAGAAAGGGCAGUGGAAAGCCCAAUGGUGAGAGCAAGAUAUGA